UUUCCAAACGAAAAAACGGUCGCCACAGCGUCACGGCGUGAAGGGAAUUAAUCCCCUUUUUCGAGUCCCUUCCCUCCAACCUCCAUAGCAUAAUAAUAUCAUAUCUCCCACACGCUUUCGCUUUCUUCUUCCUCCUUCUCACUCUCUUCUUUCUCUCUCUUCCAGUGAUUAUAUAUAUAUAUAUAUAGUCAGAGAAUCAGAUUCUGUGGUACACUUAAGAAGAAGAAAGAAGAAAGAGAUAUGGAGAGCUCGUGUGAAAUGGUGGCAUUCCCUUUGCUGAUUACGCCGAUCGAGUCCAACUAUAGAGCCUGCACAAUCCCUUACCGCUUUCCCUCCGACAAUCCUCGCAAGCCCACCCCCACCGAGAUCGCCUGGAUCGACCUCUUCCUCAACUCCAUCUCUUCCUUCAAGAAAAGGGCGGAGAGUGAUGCUACUGUUCCUGAUGCUCCCGCUAAAGCCGAGAAAUUUGCUCAGAGGUAUGCUGAAAUACUUGAGGAUUUCAAGAAGGAUCCGGAAAGUCAUGGUGGACCACCUGAUUGCAUUCUUCUUUGCAGACUUCGUGACCAAAUCCUUAGAGAAUUGGGAUUCAGAGAUAUAUUCAAGAAAGUCAAGGAUGAAGAGAAUGCAAAAGCUAUAUCCCUAUUUGGGGAAGUCGUCCGUCUUAAUGAUGCCAUUGAAGAUGAAGGAAAGCGUCUAGAGAAUUUGGUCAGAGGAAUUUUUGCUGGAAACAUAUUUGAUCUUGGUUCUGCACAGCUUGCAGAAGUUUUCUCGAAGGAUGGUAUGUCCUUCUUAGCUAGUUGUCAAAAUCUUGUCCCUCGACCUUGGGUUAUUGAUGACUUAGACACUUUCAAAGCAAAAUGGAGCAAAAAAUCUUGGAAAAAGGCUGUCAUCUUUGUUGAUAAUUCUGGUGCAGACAUUAUACUGGGUAUUUUGCCUUUUGCAAGGGAGUUACUUAGACGUGGGACCCAGGUGGUGUUGGCAGCUAACGACUUACCUUCUAUCAAUGAUGUAACUUACCCUGAGCUGAUUGAGAUUAUAGCAAAGUUGAAGGAUGAACGUGGACAACUCAUGGGUGUUGAUGCUUCAAAUCUUCUGAUCGCCAAUUCUGGCAAUGAUUUACCUGUUAUUGAUCUGACAAGAGUGUCGCAAGAACUUGCAUUCCUGGCAAGUGAUGCUGACCUAGUAAUUUUGGAAGGGAUGGGUCGAGGAAUAGAGACUAAUCUUUACGCUCAAUUCAAGUGCGACUCCCUCAAGAUUGGAAUGGUGAAACAUCCAGAGGUUGCACAGUUUUUGGGGGGCCGACUUUAUGACUGCGUCUUUAAAUACAAUGAAGUUCAAAGUUGAUAACCUUGACUUUUGUCCAUUUUCCGUAACCUAUUUAUUGAAAAUUAGUCAUCUAAUUCAUGUAUUACUGCGUUGUACUGCUCGAAGGAACUUAGAGCUCUUAAAAAGUCCUUCCUUAAAUAAUAAUUAUGAUAGAUAAAAUCACUACCAUUACAUGAUGCA